CCCUCCGCACUCACAUUGGUAUGAGCCGUUUAGCACGCUGACUGGAAACAUGUGGCUGUGUUUUUAACCGGCUUGUCAUGUAGAGAACUAUAUCAAGGCUUUUGAUGAAUAAACCAGUGAUAUAGUAUGCAAAACGACUGAGAAGCAAUAAAACACAGUUGUUGCAUCGACAGACGGGAACGGAAAGGCCUUUUACGGGCUUUCUGGAUCAGACAGGCGAAGCCUGCGCUCGGUUAUCUUCUAACUGUUCGAGAUAAUACCCAGUGUGCUGAUUGGUGGUGACCAUGAGGAAGUGUAAGAACUGUGGGGGGACGGACAUUGAUGUGGACCAGGCCCGGGGUGAUGCCGUGUGCAUGGGCUGCGGCUCGGUGCUGGAAGACAACAUCAUCGUUUCAGAGGUAACCUUCGUGGAGAACAGUGGAGGAGGAUCGUCCGCCGUUGGACAGUUUGUUGCUGGUGACUCAUCUGGAAAUGUGCCAUCAUUGGGAGGAAACUUCCAAACUGGGGUUGGGAGGGAGUCCCGAGCUGCCACUCUGCAGAAUGCUAAGCGACAGAUAAACCAUCUUGGGCAUCAGCUUCAAAUGAAUCAGCACUGUCUGGACACUGCCUUCAACUUUUACAAGAUGGCCCUCUGCAAGCAUCUGACCAGAGGACGCAGAUCAUCCCAUGUCAUCGCCGCCUGUCUCUACCUCGUCUGCCGAACUGAGGGAACACCUCACAUGCUGCUGGACUUGAGUGACCUCCUGCAAGUGAAUGUGUAUGUUUUGGGAAAAACUUUCCUUGUUUUAGCCAGAGAGCUGUGUAUCAACGCACCAGCUAUUGAUCCAUGUCUAUAUAUCCCGCGCUUUGCACAAAUGCUGGAAUUCGGAGAGAAGAGCCAUGAGGUUUCAAUGACGGCACUGCGUCUCCUGCAGAGGAUGAAGAGAGACUGGAUGCACACGGGACGAAGACCUUCAGGCCUCUGUGGAGCAGCGCUCUUGGUUGCUGCCCGUAUGCACGAGUUCCGUCGCACAACUAAGGAAGUGAUCAGUGUGGUGAAAGUCUGUGAAGCCACACUUAGGAAAAGGUUGAAUGAAUUUGAGGAGACGCCAACCAGUGAGCUGACAAUUGAAGAGUUCAUGCGGGUGGAUCUGGAGCAGGAGUGCGACCCGCCCUCUUACACAGCUGGACUCAAGAAGCAAAAGCUAAAACAGAUUGAGCAAGAGCUUGCAAAGAAAGUUGAUGAUAUUGAAGGUGAAAUCUGUGGAUAUCAGGAUGAGAUUGAAGUUGAGCUGGAGAGCUGUAGGCCCAAAGCCAGGGGGAUUUAUGCAUCCCGUUCCAAAGAUGAUGAUGCGAUUUCCUUGGCAUCAUCCAGCAUCCUUGCUGGUGAUGAGGAAGAAGAGGAUGAAGAGCUGAGGGCAGCAGCAUCUCACCUGUGCAGUACUAUAUGUGGAGAGGAUGGAGAUGGCAAUAAGCAGGAUGGAGAUGGAGAGAAAGUUUCUCCAAAUAAACGACCCUCUUUAGCAUUACUGCUUGGAGCGCUUCCCACUGCGGCCAGUUUGGGCCUGCCAGAGUCCAUCACCAAAAUGAGAGAGGAAAAGGAGAAUGAUGUGGAGGAAGAAAAUGGUGAGCUAGAUCUGAGCGGUAUCGACGAGGAUGAGAUCGAUCGGUAUAUCCUAAAUGAGAAGGAAGUUAAGGUAAAGACUGAACUGUGGAUGCUCCAAAAUGCAGACUACCUCAAAGAACAGAAAGAAAAGGAGGAGAGAAUAGCAAAGGAAAAGGAGGAGGGUACAUAUAAAGAGCGGAAGCCUAGAAAAAAGACACAGAGGCGUGAGCCCAUAAGUGCCAGCACUGCAGACGAAGCCAUUGAAAAGAUGUUGGAGCAGAAACGCAUCUCCACUAAAAUAAACUACGAUGUUCUUAAAGACUUGAACAAAUCCAGCCCAAAAAGUCCCACUCGCCAGACUGAUGAAGCUUCAGCUGAAGCCAAAAGAACCCCCACGGCACGCCAACGGAAACCCCAACUGACUUCACCCAAUAUUGGCAAAAUGAUCAGCAGCUUUGGCAAGAGGUUACAGCCCCUAGUGUGUGCGCAGCCCUCUAAGAAGCUGGCCCUCGAUCAGAAAGGGUUUGGCGCCCCAGUGGCCAUUCCUGCUGCCCCGUCCCAGAAUGCUGUAGUUGUGGAGAGCGGACCGGUGGCGUACGAAGAGCCUGCAGAAGAAGAAGAGGAGGAUGAGGAGGAAGAACACUGUGUCAGUGCCAUGCAGUUAAUGGGCGGCACUGAUUAUGGCUGUGAAGUGGAUGAUGAUGAUGGCUUCUGAAUCCAGAGUGGCUUUGGGAGCACCAGUGGAGAGGACUCUUAACUCUUAACCUGCUGCUUAUACUGACCCCAAAACACGCAUACAACCUCCAUCUCAUUACCUCUAGUGUCCGUGCAUGUUUGCAAGAUGAGAAAAAAAGUGAACUUUACACACUACAGAGGAUGGAAUACUACAGCUAAACAAGAUCAAAGAUCCCACAUUCUUGCUUUUUCAUAGGUGUGUGUUCUGAGCUCGUAUGCACAAAGUAACUUAAACACCAUUUAAAAUCACAGCACACAAACAAGAAAAUGAGUAAAUGGAUGUGUGUGUGGUGAUUGAGAGUGAUGAUUCUCUCUCUGGAGUGUGUAAGCCUGCUAGCUAACUGCAUUACUGUGUGUUUUAGGCUAAUGAUGACAUAUGAUCUUGCGCAUCUAAAGCGAUUAGCCCACACGAGGCUCAGGACUCUGUGCGGACAAAUGUGUGCAUGUACACGUGCCUUUAAAUAUUGCAGUAUACAGCCCUAAAAAUUGUGUUAUGAUUUUCAGAGCCAAAGUGUUAUUCUUUAAACCAAAUGCAGCUUUAUGUGUUCAGUAUUCAGUUAGAAUAGAUUAGAAGUGUAAAAUAUGAUUAGUAACAGUGUUAAAUUUUGUUUUGCUGCUUGGCUGGCUUUAUAGUGCCUUUUUUAUUAUUAUUAUUAUUAUUAUUAUUAUUAUUAUAAAAUUAUCUACUGGUCUGGUGGAUUUUCCAGUUGGGCUAUUUUUUUUUUCUUCUUUUUUUUUUCUCAGUAUAAUGUUUAAAUGGUAAAGUACUCUAAUUAGAAUAUAAUUAUUUUUACAUUUGAUGGUUGCUGUUUUCCUUGUUUAAUAUGGAGACGUGGAUAUCAAACCAAAUGAAAAUACUUGAAAAAUUUGCUCCAGAUAAAUGCUGUAAAAGUGUCAUUGGCUUGAUCAUAUUAUUACUGUUAAAUAUUUUUAACAUUUACAAAAAUGCUUUAUAUAGUUUUUUUUUUUUUUAAGAAAAAUGUUUACAGUGUUUGAUUGUUUUGAAAUAGAUUGAUCGUUUAAUAUUGGUCUGUUAAUGAGGAAGAAAACAGUGUUAUAAUUGUACUACUUCUUAAUUCUCAGUAUGGUUAGUGCUCUUUGAGAACAUUUCACUUAAUUUAUAGUUUGUUCUCUCCCAGACCAAAAGAUAUGAGUGAACUAUUUUUUUUUUCCUUAUUUAAAGUAUUUAAAAGGGUCUCUUCUAUCAGUCAUGCCACGACACACACAACAGAUAUUACUGAUGCAAAACCAAAUCAUUCCAAAUCUGAUCAAUAAAAGUACAGGUUACAGGGUAACCAUCUAUAAAUGUAAAAAAUAUAAAGUAUAAAAAUACUGACUUUAGCUGGGAUUGUUUAGAUCAAGCUGAACCGCAACCUUGAUCUGUUCUGAUUAAAACAUAAACCAAACCUCUGUAUUGGCAUCGACACUUGAAAAAUACUUGAUGUCUUGGUGAAUUCUUGCAUGUAUAAUACAAAUCUUUAGUAUGCAAUUCAUCAGGAUUUUAAAAACUGGAAAAAUGUAUAGUUUUAUUUUGGUCUUAAAAUUUAAUCGUCUUGUUUUUAUACCAUUAGAGCUAGUUUCAUUAGAGUCGAUUGAUUUGGUCUUGAAACAGUAAUAGUGACAAUAAAACACUCAAAUUGUUUUCUGUAAACCUAAACAGUAUUAUGGGCAAAGAAAUAAAGAAUAAUAAUGCA